CGCUUUGUCACGUCUUUCGGCGUAGUGACGUAAGACGCAAAUUACGCGCACCGUACGUACCGCACGUUUGGGUCCAGAAGCGCCAUUGGAACUUUGAAGAGGGCAGUUAACAGCCCGGUGGUUCAGGUCACAGUGAACCCGACAUGUUUCGCCCCAAACCCACGCUGAAGGACCGACAGCACCUGUACAGGCUCAUCAUAAGCCAGCUCCUCUACGAUGGCUACACCAACAUCGCCAACAGCCUCAUCAACGAGGUCAAACCACCGAGCGUGGUGUCGCCGUCCGAGCAGCUUAUGCAGUUGGCAAAAAUAGGGAUGGAGAACGACGACAGCGCCGUUCAGUACGCUAUCGGACGCUCGGAUACGGUGGCUCCCGGCGUCGGGAUCGAUCUGGAGUUCGAUGCAGACGUCCAGACUAUGUCUCCGGAGGCGUCGGAGUACGAGACCUGCUACGUCACGUCUCAUAAGGGUCCCUGCCGCGUCGCCACGUACAGCCGGGACGGGCAGCUCAUCGCCACGGGCUCCGCCGACGCCUCCAUCAAGAUACUGGACACUGAACGCAUGCUGGCAAAAAGUGCCAUGCCUAUUGAGGUGAUGAUGAACGAGACGGCGCAGCAAAACAUGGAGAAUCACCCUGUGAUCCGGACGCUGUAUGACCACGUCGAUGAAGUCACCUGCCUCGCCUUCCAUCCCACCGAACAGAUUCUCGCAUCCGGCUCGAGAGAUUAUACCCUCAAGCUGUUUGACUACUCGAAGCCCUCUGCAAAAAGAGCGUUUAAAUACAUACAGGAAGCAGAAAUGCUGCGUUCCAUCUCCUUCCACCCGUCAGGCGACUUCCUGCUGGUGGGAACGCAACAUCCCACCCUGCGCCUCUACGACGUCAACACCUUCCAGUGCUUCGUGUCCUGCAACCCGCUGGACCAGCACACGGACACCAUCAGCGGCGUCAGCUACAACCCCAGCGCCAACAGCUACGUCUCCUGCAGCAAGGACGGCAGCAUCAAGCUGUGGGACGGCGUCUCCAACCGAUGCGUGACCACCUUCGAGAAGGCCCACGACGGCGCCGAGGUCUGCUCCGCCAUCUUCUCCAAGAACUCCAAGUACAUCCUGUCCAGCGGGAAAGACUCUGUGGUCAAACUGUGGGAGAUCUCCACCGGCCGGACGCUGGUGAAGUACACAGGUGCGGGUCUGAGCGGCCGUCAGAUGCAUCGCACGCAGGGCGUGUUCAACCACACGGAGGACUACGUGCUGCUGCCCGACGAGCGCACAAUCAGCCUCUGCUGCUGGGACUCGCGCACGGCCGAGAGGAAGAACCUGCUGUCGCUGGGACACAACAACAUCGUGCGCUGCAUCGUCCACUCGCCCACCAACCCGGGCUUCAUGACCUGCAGCGACGACUUCCGGGCCCGGUUCUGGUACCGGCGCACCACCACCGACUGAGCCGCGGACUCAAAAAAAACGCCUUCGCCAACGUCAGAGCUGUGGCGUUAUUUCAUUUUCAGUUAGUGUGAAUCUGGACGAGGGAAUCUUCUGGUUCAGUGCUAAGGAACUGAAAGAGUUUUCAUAGGAAGGUCUUAAGAAUAAGCGGCGAACGCUCUGUUUUUCUUUGUGGACAAUUCGUGGAACCGUCGUCCCACUGAAUUAAAAACUCCCACAAAACUGCUUUCACCGUUUGGAAACUCGAGGUGUCGUAGUUUGCGACUGAAUAACUUUGUCUUUUUUCCACUUUUAUAUUUUGUCAGUGUCCUUUUUUUUUUUUUUUUGUUGUUGUAAUUCAGAUUUUUAUUAAAAACUGUUUAAAGAAA